AUGGAGGCAUUCCAUCUACUCUCUCGAGGAGGAGUAAAAUUCAACAAGACGAAGUUCAAGGGUGAUGUGCGGUUGUUCAAUGGUGACAAAGCGCAGGAGCCCAAAGCCUCCACUUCUGCGAGCGCAUCCGGCGAGCUCCCGCCGGAGCUAAACUUCUUCAAGUACGCGGAGGGAGGCGCGCCAAAGCGGAAGGCACCAUCCGCGGACGCUGAAGCCGACGUCAAGGGCAAGAAGCGGAAGGUGCAGGAUGAGGACGAGGACACGGACGAAGAGGAUGUCCCUAUGGACGACGAACCGCCCAUGCCCCGACACCGCGUUACCACGAAGGGAAACAACGUACCCGAGCAUGCGGACACAUUCGAGGUCCUGCGAGACCGGUACAACAUCCCGCCCCACCUGUUUGCGAAUCUAGCGGAGUCCGGGUACAAGAGGCCAACGGGUAUACAGUCAUAUGGAGUGCCCAUACUUAUGGAGCAUAGAGAUCUUGCUGCCAUAUCGCCUACGGGUACCGGAAAGACGCUCUCUUACCUCCUUCCGGUCAUGGCUGCUCUCGGAGCUCCCGCCGCGAGUGCGAAGUCGGACGCCGGCUCCGGUGUUCGUGCUAUCAUCCUCGCGCCGACCCGUGAACUAGCGCACCAAAUACACAACGAAUGUCUGAAGCUCGCGCAGGGCAGAAAAUGGCGGAUUGUACUAUUCAGCAAAGCCACUGCGGCUACGAUGAAGGACAAGACAGUUCGAGACAAAAUUGACUUGGUCAUUAGCACGCCUUUGCGACUUGUAGCGUCGUUAAAAGCAGGUCAUCUGGAGCUCGGCAAUGUCCGACAUAUAGUGCUAGACGAGGCCGACCGCAUGCUCGAUACAGAAUUCCUGGAGCAAGUCGAGGAGGUUAUCGCCGCAUGUACAUACCCCGACGUACAGAAGGCGGUCUUCAGCGCCACACUACCUGCCAACGCAGAGAAGGUUGCUCUGUCGAUGCUCCGAGAUCCCAUUCGUGUCGUCGUCGGUCUCAAAGACACGCCAUUACCUCUGAUUGCGCAGUCCCUCACCUAUGUCGCCGACGAUCAGUCCAAGUUGCCUACCCUCCUCCAGUACCUAUCACAACCAUACAACCCACCGGUGCUCAUAUUCGUCUCUUCGCAACCUCGCGCGGCGUCGUUAGCGGAAGAGCUCAUUAUUAGCGGUAUACCUAACGUCGACUGCUUGCACGCCGGGUUGUCCAAAAAGGAGCGAGAGGACGCCGUGUCGCGCAUGCGCCGCGGUGAGAGCUGGGUGAUGGUCAGCACCGAGGUCAUGGCUCGCGGCAUGGAUUUCAAGGGUGUACGGGAAGUCAUCAACUACGACUUCCCACAGACCGUCCAGAGCUAUGUCCACCGAAUCGGUCGCACCGGACGCGCUGGGAGAGAAGGAAAGGCGAUCACCUACUUCACAGAUCAGGACGGCCCGUGGCUCAAAACGAUCGCGAACGUGUUGCUUCAAUCGGGAUCGCCUGUGCCGGAGUGGAUCCUCAAGCUGCCGAAGCCGUCGAAGAUGAAGCGAAAGCAGAUGGGCAAGGUCAAGCGCGCGGAGACGGUCAACAAUGCAAGACACAUCGGGCGGAAGGACGCUAUCAAGAAGAGGGACAUGAUUGCAGGGUCCAAAAGGCGGAGUGAGAAGGACCAACAAAGGAAGGUGAAGGCUGCCGCGGCUCCCGCCCCGUCUUCCGCCGACAACGUCGCGGGUGACAGCUCUUAGAUGAAAAUUCCACCAGUGAGCCCUGAUGUCUGCGGUGCGUGUGUCAACGUAUGGCCUUCGCGCCGAGUCCC